CUCGCUCCCGUUCGCUGCAGGAAAACUCAAACCGGCGUGGAAGACGACGCGGGACGAGGAAGGAUCUGCAGAAGCAGCUGAGGAGGGGAAGAUGGACGGGACCAGAGGAGGAAAUAGGGGAGAACUGAGGAUGGUCCUUGUGGGCAAGACUGGAGGCGGCAAAAGCGCCACAGGAAACAGCAUCCUUGGCCAGAAGCGCUUUGAUUCGAAACUUCAGGCCAGGACAACCACCUUGGUCUGCCAGAGGGCGUCUUGCACUUGGAGAGGCUACGCUGUGUCCGUGAUUGACACAGCGGAUAUUUUGGGCACCGGAGAUUGCGAUGAAAGGCUGGACCAGGAGACCAAGCGCUGCCUUGACCUCUCUCAGCCUGGCCCUCAUGCACUCGUGUUUGUGACCCAGGUGGGCCGCUUCACCGCGGAGGACGAGGAGGCAGCCCAGCGAGUCCGGGAGAUGUUUGGGAGGGAGGCCAUGAAGCACACCAUCCUCUUGUUCACCCGCAAAGAAGCCUUAGAAGGCGACUCCUUGCGGGAUUACGUGAUGCAGUCAGAUAACGAGGCUGUCCGGAAGCUGGUCCAAGAAUGCGGGGGACGCUUCUGCGCUUUUAAUAACAGGGCGGCAUUAGGAGAACGGGAGGACCAGGUCUCUGAGCUGAUGGAGAUGGUCCUGGAGAUGGUCCAGAGGAAUGCAAAGCCAUACCUGGAGACGCCCAUCAUGGAGGCAGCGCUUGGAUCUUACAUCUGCAGGAAAAGGGCCAAGGGAGAGGGGGAAGGGAAAGCUCACAAGGGUGUCAGCUACAGAAAAGUAUUUAUCGCCUUAUGUGUGUGUGGUGCAGUGCUUUACCUGUUACAUUACCAUUGUAAUCGUUUCUCUCAAUAUCUCCCCUUUAGCAAAGCUGGGGAUUUUGGAGAAGAGACCGGGGCGGGUGAGUCAGUGGCAGCGAGAUAUGGCAAAGCAGUCAGGAUCCACCAAGGGGACAAGGAUGAAUCGGAACUGUGUAUCAUCCUUCUUGGCAAGGCCGGUGUGGGGAAAAGUGCCACAGGGAACACCCUCCUCGGAGGGGAGAAAUUUCUCUCGGCUUUUUCAGCUAAGCCAACGACUCAGAACGUCCAGAAGGAGAGUGGGGAAUUUAAGGGCCAGAAGUUUUCUGUGAUUGACACGCCCGCUGUCUCUAGUUCAGAAUCUCUCAAACAGCACAAGCGAGAGAUAAAAAAACUCUGCAAGUCCAGUCCUUACGUUCUGGUCUUGGUGAUCACUGUGGGCCGUUUCACUCCGGAAGACAAGAAAACUGCUAAAAAGGUCAAGAAAAGGUUUAGGAAGAAGUUUGGGAAGCGCAUGCUUGUCUUGUUCACCCACAAAGAGGAUUUGAAAGGUGAAUCCUUGGAGGAAUAUGUGGAGAAAUCCGAAAAUGAGGCGCUCCUGAAACUGGCAGAUGAAGAUUCCGUCGGAGAAGGAGAAGACAGAGAACUGAGGAUAAUCCUCGUCGGUAAAACAGGCUGCGGGAAAAGUGCCACGGGAAACACCAUCCUUGGCCGGAAAGAAUUCGUGUCGGCGCUCAGGCCAGGAACAACAACUGUGACCUGCCAAAGAGGCCAGGGGACCUGGAAUGGCAGGACUGUCUUGGUGGUGGACACAGCAGAUAUUUUGAGCUCAGGUGCCUUCAGUGAUGAAGAAUUAGCAGCCGAGAUCAUCCGUUGCAUUGAGCUGUCCAGGCCUGGUCCCCACGCUCUGGUUUUCGUGACUCAGGUGGGCCGUUUCACAGCAGAAGAUGAGGCGGCAGCGAAGCAAGUCCAGGAUGUCUUUGGCUUGGAGGCCACCAAGCACAUGGUGGUCUUGUUCACCCGCAAAGAAGAUUUAGGUGGAGGCUCCUUGCGGGAUUAUGUGGGGUGGUCAGAGAACAAGGCUGUCAAGGAGCUGAUGGAGAAAUGUGGCCGCCGCUUCUGCGCUUUCAUUAACAGGGCAGAAGGGGAAGAGAGGGAGGAGCAGGUCUCCGAGCUGAUGGACAUGAUCCACGACAUGGUUCAGGAGAACGGAGGAGGCUAUUACAUCAACGAGCUGUACUUGGAGCCCGACAUAACCAAUGCAGAUCUCAGGAGUUACAUGACAGAGAACAGAUGGGCCAGGCAAAGAGCAGAGCAAGUUUCUGGCAGGAGGCAGAAUGUACCACGUCUCGUGGCAGAUUGGUUGUUGGUUGCUACGGGGAUUGCAAUUGGGUGCGCUUUGCUGGGGUACAUUAUUUGGUGUGUGUUUUCUUACUUUCAAGUUGGAUCCUCUGCCUCCUAAAAUAGCUCAUAUUGGUCUUCCAUACCCUCUCCAGCUGCUUUUGGCCUACAACUCCCAUCAUCCCUAGCUAGCAGGACCGGUGGUCAGGGAUGAUGGGAAUUGUAGUCCAAAAAACAGCUGGAGACCCGCAUUUGGGAAACCCUGGGAUAGAGUGUCAGACAAGGAAAUCCCUGACUGCUCAGGGUUCAGAUCCCCACCACUCAGCCAUGAAUCUCACUGGGUGACCUGGGGCCAGUCACUCACUCUCAGCUUAAACUACCUCACAGUUUUGUUGUGAGGAUAAAAUGGGGAGGGAGAGAAUUAUGAACUCCUUGGAGGAAAAGGUGGGAUAUAAACGUAAUUAAUAAAGAAAUAAACUCUUGUGUGGCAA